CGAAGUUGAUAACCGUGCUUUCUUCAAUUGUAAUAAUUAAAAACAAUAAUUUAAAGUAGUACACUUUUACGUUCAAGUUUAUAAUAUAUAAAUAGUGGCAAAAUUAUCGUUAAGAACGUUAUUUAUGUGUGGUCGUCGUGCUUCUUGGCAUGACAUUCGGAUGUUCAUUUACAAUUCAAUCACAAUAUUACUUAAAAAACAACAACAAUACUACUAUUCAACUCAACUCGCCAAAAAACGCCAUAGAUAAUCAUUAUUAUCACCACAAAAUAACAAGAGGAGUUACAACUUUGAAAAACAAUGAAGUUAUAAGGGAAUUGUUAUAUUGCCCUUUAAAUAUAGAAUAAUUAUAAUAAAAAUAUAAAAGUGCAGAAAAUAAGUUAGGAAUAAUAAAAAGGAAAGUGAAAAUGAAUCCUUUAAACACACCACAACAGCCACCAGCGGCACAAUACUUUAUAACAGGGAUGCCACCUUUGACUCCAGCCACUGCAACAUCCAUAUUAAAGUCAAAUGUAUCAUCUACGACAUCCUCGCUACCCCAUCAUCAGCCAACAACCAUUGUAACAACUACUCUAAAUAGUGUGGGUACUGGUGGUAAAGGUGUUACUACUGGUAAUAAUCUAAUGGAUACUACAAAAUAUGUAACGACGGCGACCAAUUAUAUGCCCGUUUUAUUAACAAAUCAAACAUUGAUUAGUACUAUUGAUCCCAUUCAGCAACAGCACUCAACAAAGAUUAUACCACCUACAAUGCUGGCUCAUGCACCUGUUCUCUCUGGUACCGAUAGUAACAAUACAAAUAUGCCCCUAAUAUCGGGUAAUGGUAAUAAACCAUUGGUCCUCACUUCAGCCAAUACAACUGGCAAUAUUACCUAUCAAGUCUUGUCGACAUCACAAAACAACAAUAAUUUAACUCCCGUCAUCACAGCACCCAAUGGCACAGUUAGUGUCCUGUUGGCGUCAUCUCCAGCCAUGGCAACAGCUGGUCAUGUUGCGGCACCAAUUAUAAUACGUAACACACAAACUACUACAACAACUACAACAAAAGCAGUACAAAUAAAACAAGAACAACAAUUACCCACAAAGCAACAACAGCAGCAGCUGCAACAACAACAGCAGCAACAUAAAACAAAAUUACAUACAUUUAAUCCACAAUCUUUCAAUGCAGAUAUUUUAAAACAAAUAGUUGUAGGUAACCCUGGCGCAGGAGCAACAGCCAGCUUAGCUCCAGGAACAACUUUAUUAAAACCCACUAUAUUACAAAAUAAACCAAUAAUACAGCCACAGCAGCAAAGCAAACAACAGCAUCACCAACAAAUUCCAAAUAAAAUAGUAGGGAAAAAUUCAAAAAUGAUGUUAACAACAUCAACACCCCAACAGCACCAGCAACUGCAACAAAAACUUAAUAAUCACACCGUUAUAACAACUACAGCAGACAACUCUUCGAAAAUGUUUGCCGCUUUAGGCAUGGAACUCGUUAAAGCUCCCAAUGUGGCACAAACUGUUCAAAAGCUGCCCCAGGUCAGUUUAUUGCAGAAUACAACAAAAAAGUCCACUAAUAUUAUUACUGAAAUAAUCAAUGAACCCUCUGCAGUGACAGUUCUAAAGAAUCCUCAUGAAAUUAAGGUGGGAAAUCUAAACAGCGAAGUGUCUCUUAUUAAAAAACCCAACACAUUAACAACUGAAAUGAAAUCCAAAAUGAAAUCAUCUUUAUUGAAAAAUUCGAAUAAAAUGCAAGCAGAAUUCGUUGAAGACAAACGUAAACAACAAGAAUUGGAAAAAUCCUCUAAAAUCCAAACUAAAACUAUAAGCAACCAAGAUGUAAUGGUAAAAAAAGACACAAAUGAAUCCUACUCUCUUUUGAAAACUAGCAUAGAUUUGAAGAAAACCCCAGAAAAUGAUAAUACCAUAAUAAAACCAUCUAAUAAGAUAAUGGAAAAACAAAAAUCUUUAUUAAAACCUAAAGCUAUUAAUAAAAAAUCAACUGAAUCGCCAGCACUUACAAGUCCACGUUCACAGCGUUCUAAUUCAUGUAAUACUGUGUUGAAACCACAAUCAUCCUCUGCUUCAACAUCAGCUAACAAUGAAAGAAGACAUUCGGAGCCUGCAAAAAUUGAGUUGGCAAUAACAAAUGCCAUUGAAGUUAGUCAAGAUAAUCAUGAUACAGAACUAUUAAAAUCGGAGGAAUUGGAUAUAUUCUUUGAAGAUGAAGAGUACUUGGAAAGUUCCGGGGAUAAAUUAUCCAUUGAUUCGGAAAAAUCCCAAGAUAAGGAUAAUACGAGUCCGCAACAUAAUAAAGAACAAAAAGAAAAUGUUGAAACAACGCCAACAAUUGGAACCAGUAAUAAACCGACAAUUUCCAAUAAAUCAGAACAAACGGAAACAACCAAUAAUGCACAGGGAAAUGAUAAGGAAAAGCAGAAAGGCCUACAGGAAAUUCAAAAUAUGGAAGCAGAUAAAGAAACUACUGAAUCACCCACCACAAAAGAUAAUAAUGAGGGUUAUAUCACCAAUUCAUCAGAGGAUGACGAUGUCACAAUUUUACCCAUGGAAGACGUUGAAAUAGAACAAAUCGAAAUUGAUGAUGAUGAUGACGAAGACGAUGAAACUAAUUUGAGGCCCCCCUCAUCAGUAGACAAAGAACAUCUUAAUGAGUCGUUAUUGUGUGACGAACAGUUUUUAAUAAGUUCCUCAUCUUCCAUAUCGAACAAUUCCACAGAUCAUAAUUCGGCUACGAUUUCAUUAAUAAAGUCUCCCAAAAUUGACAACCCAACAAGCACAACACCCUUACUCAAGAAAACCUUAAUGGAGGCAAAAGCUGUGGCCCAAAAAGACGAGCCCCAGUCAAAUGGCUAUUCAUCAGUUUUAGAUAUGCUUUCAAACUUUAACAUGUUGAAUUGGAAGGAACGCAUUGGCACGGCACGUGGUACUAAUUUGAAAUUUCAAUUGAAUGAAUUUAAUCUAAUACAGUUGUAUGAAAAGAGCAUGCCUAAUAAACGCAUCCAUACAGCGUAUGAGAAGCCAAUAUACGAAAGGGAAUCAUCGCAUAGAAGAAACGAUAAUAGUAAUCCUCCCACAUACUACAUGUGUCGUCGGUGUAAUGUUCAAGGGCCAUCUGUGGAUUUUUUGGCUCCAGAAUUUUGUUCGUUAUCAUGUUUAAAACGUGAUAGCCGUAAACGUCGUGACGAUACUACCUGUCUAAUGCGCAAACGUAAUCGUCUAAGCAACAUUAAUAAUCCACCACCCCUAACCUAUAUCAAAAAACCAAAAUUUCGUUGGUCUUCCUAUAUGAAUAGUAAUUUUACUACAAUGGCUGCACCCAUAUCGCUCUUUUUGAAUCCGUUUCCCACUGGACCCAACAGUUUUGUGGUCGGCAUGAAAUUAGAAGCUAUAGAUCCCGAGAAUUGUGCUCUUUUCUGUGUUUGUACAAUCAUUGAUAUUAUGGGCUACCGUUUGAAGCUGAGCUUUGAUGGUUACGAUAGUGCCUAUGAUUUUUGGUUAAAUGCCGAUUCUAUGGAUAUUUUUCCGCCUGGUUGGUGUUCUAAAACGAAUCGUAUUAUACAGCCACCGAAAGGUAUAACAGCGAAUAAAUUUAAUUGGGCCGCAUAUUUGAAUAAGGAAAAGGCAGCGCCAGCUCCGCGUCAUUUAUUUACACACUUGAAUUCGUCUUCGUUGGUACCGCGUAAUCCAUUUAAGGUCGGUAUGCAUUUAGAAGCUGAGGAUUUGAAUGAUACUGGUAAAUUAUGUGUUGCCUCGGUGGCUGAUGUGCUAGAUGAUCGUAUACGCAUACACUUUGAUGGUUGGGAUGAUUGUUAUGACAUCAUAGUUGACAUCAAUUCUCCGUAUAUACAUCCCUGCGGUUGGCAUGAGGGACGUCAGCAGCUAGUGGUGCCGCCAGAUUGUGAAAAUACCGACUUUAAUUGGGACGAUUAUAUACUUAAGCAAGGUACAGGUGAAGCAGCUAAUGAAGAACUAUUUUCGCCCCGAGAACCCAUUGGUUUCAAGUCCAACAUGAGAUUAGAAGUAGUAGAUCCACGUAAUCCCUCAUUGAUAAGACCAGCCACGGUAGUGUCACAUAAAGGUCAUCGUGUCAAGUUGCAUUUGGAUGGUUGGCCCGGUGAUUACUGCUUUUGGUUAGAAGACGAUAGUCCCGAUUUACAUCCCAUUGGCUGGUGUGAUGCUACUGGGCAUGAUCUCGAGCCGCCACCAGGUUUUCAAAUGACAAAACAAAAAAUGCCUUGUCCUGUUGAGGGUUGUCGCGGCAUUGGCAAUGCUAAGAAAGCAUUUAUGGGCGUUCAUGCGACAAGGGAGGGAUGUCCCUAUGCAGCCGAGAAUUGGCGCAUUGUUGUGGAAAAAUCACCACGUGUAAAUUAUGAUAAUAUUGUAAGAACAUUGCCUAAACAGAGCAAACAAACUCUGACACACCAGGUGAUGUCCCUACAGACACGUUUAAAUGAACAACAAAUUUUGGAACGUUUACAAAUGUUGGACAAUAUUAAAACUCGUAAUGUUCUAGUUCAACAAGAUAAACUGCCCACCAAUCACAGUGACUUACUGGGCGGCUUCUCUUUGCCACCGCUAAAGAAAGAAGAGCCGACAUUAGCUAACAUUUCUAACACUACCUCUAUAUCACCAGUCGCAUUAUGUGCCCAAACGCCAAAUUCUGAUAACAAUGUUCUCGAUGUAACUGUAGACAUUGCCAAAGAAUUUUUAUACGACUAUGGGCCACGUUUGCAACAAAACUAUACACUGUGGCAAAAGAAUUAUACAUUUGAUGCCGACAAAAUCAAACGUAAUCCCCUCAAAUGGUCUGCCACAGAAGUAAGUGUGUUCGUAGAUCUCUAUCUGAAAUGUCGCAAAACAGCCACGUUAUUCAGUCACGAGGAUAUAGAUGGCGAAGCAUUUUUGCUCUUACAACAAACUGAUCUUACCGAAAAACUGGGCUUGAAAUUGGGACCGGCCGUAAAGCUUUUCACUUGUAUUUUACAAUUACGCACUUUGGCCGUAACUAAGUUUGAUGUUCCCUAUAAACUCGUAACGGUCAAAAACUAAAUAAAUUAUAUGUACAUGCUUUUAAAAUAUUCAAGGGUUGUUUGUUGUAUUUAAGGAUAUUUAUUUGAAACAACAGAUUUCCUUUCAAAUAAUUACAAAUUGUGGCCAUACAUUGUUUGUUAAUAUAUUGUUACUUUUGAUUAGAAUUCAAUCAUAAUCUUCCUAAAUUUUUAAUAUAGUAGAUAUAAGUUGAGGCAACCAACGUGUUUGAUUCUUUUCAAAAAUAUCGUAGUUUUAAAUUUUUUAUAGUUGUAAGAAAUUUACAGGAUUUGAACCUGUACCCCUUUUUUGAAUGAUUAAUCAUAUUAAUAAACUAAAAUAAAAAUGUUGAAUAGACAUGUAAAUAUAUAUAAUAAAUAUAUAAAUAUGUGAUUUUAAAAAUA